AGGCAGCUUCCUGAAGAAAGUGUAAUCAACAGCAGCUCCAGAAUUUCUGUACAGAGAGUGGGUGAGGAUAGCAGCUUGUGGGGAAAACUCGAAGUGGCAUCAUCUGGAGGGCGCCUUAUGUAAGAAAGAAAAGUAGCCUGUGUCUAUAGCAAAGGAUGAAGUUAUGAGGAAGAUGGGUAGGGGUUAAGUGUCCCCAAGUCCCCUCUUGCUUCCAUCACACAAGAAAUGGCACUUGAGCCCAGGCCUCGCUGUGAUAGCACUGGAGCUUCUCGGACACCUGGACCAUGGACCCUGGGGAAUGUAAUUGCAUGUCUGGAGGAAUUUGCAUCUGUGGAGACAACUGCAAAUGCACAACUUGCAACUGUAAAACAUGUCGGAAAAGCUGCUGUCCCUGCUGCCCCCCGGGCUGUGCCAAGUGUGCCCGGGGCUGCGUCUGCAAAGGGGGCUCAGACAAGUGCAGCUGCUGCCCCUGAAACACAUCCAUUGUGCUGGGGGCAAGGCCUGGGAAAUGUCUGUACAGUGCAUUAGUCAAGAAGUUGGAAUAAUUGUACAAUAGAUCAUGCUUUUUAUAUAUUUGCCCAGAUGUAGUGUUGUUGGUGACAUUCGUGUAAAGUGCUUAAAGCAAUAAAGUUUUCACUCAUGGUUGUCUGGUGGCUCAGAGCACUGUUUUACCUAACCCAGCAGGUCCAGGAAGGGCUGGCUCUGGUUGCAGAUGCAGUACAGCAGCUCACAUCCCUCCUACAGAUGGC